GGUCGACAUCAACAGUCACAUCAGCUGGUUUGGUCUAUGAUGCUAUUUUUGCUUCAGACGCCAAUAACGUUACACGGAUUGUAGCUCACCGAGACAAACAUCAUUAUCUUGUCUCUCCUAGGAUAAGAGUAAAAACAAGAAGAACAGUGUUUUGAGGUUGCCAUGGCACCGACAAAGGAUCAAAAGCCAGAGCCCGGAGACCUUAUUGAAAUCUUCCGAGGCACAUAUCAGCACUGGGCUAUUUAUGUUGGAGAAGGUUAUGUGAUUCACCUGGCACCUCCCUCUGAACAUGCUCAAGCUGGAGCCUACAGUAUGAUGUCAGUAUUAUGUGAUAAAGCCACAGUGAAGAAAGAAGAACUUUAUGAAGUAGUUGGCAAUGAUGAAUACUGUAUCAACAAUCUUCUGAAUGAGAAAUAUGAGACACGUCCUGUUCGAGAGAUUCUACGGGAUGCACAUAGUUUUUUGGGACAAGAACUUCCAUAUUGUGUCUUUAGAGGGAACUGUGAGCACUUUGUUACAGAGCUGAGAUACGGAAAACCACAGUCCCGACAGGUGCGGAAAGCGGUGGAGACUGGUGUUGGAGUUAGUCUUGCUGCAGCAGCUAUCUUUGCAGUUCUUGCUGCUGCUGCAGCCAUAUUUGGCUCAAAAGACAAACAGAAACGGAACCAGUAAAGACUGGGGAAUGAAGAAGUGAAAGCACAGUUGUGGAGACCUUUGAUAUUUAAAGUCUGUAAAAUGUUUAUUGCAUUUUAUGGAAAUAAUUAAAACAUUGAACGUAUUGAUUAGGCAGGCUUAGUUUUAGGAGCACAAAUGGAAAUAUUCCUAAACAGAACAAGAGAUUGUCAGCAACCAAACAAAACCCCAUCUGUUCUGUUGUUUGCUAAUGGUGCAUUUCGCUACUGACAAAUCUCUGCAUCUCAUUUUAUUUAAAUAAUUUUGAUAUAACACAUUUCUCUUUCUACUGGUUUCCUAUUAACACUUCAAGCACUUUAAUACUAUAUAAUCAAAAAGAGCAAGCUGAAUAUUUGACCAAAUAAAUCCUAACAUAAACUGCCAUGUUGCUAUUUUUGUGCCAUUAAAUAUUUGACAUCAUAUAGUAGGUGUUUG